AUGCUGUAUUUGAUUGUUGGUGUUCAACUUCAACAAUAUCCGGAAAAUUUUGCUUUUGAAGUAUCUUCACGUAUGUUAAGUCUAUUUGGUAUUAAGCCAUUUAUUACUAAAUUUAUCAAACAAAUUGAUGAACAAAGUGUUCACUAUUGUUCUCUAAUUGUACCUUACCGUCAACUUCAACCGCCGCGUAGUGGUUUAAUCUAUUCAAUGAAUCGACAUACGACAUCUAUAGUCGAUUUCGAUUUUACAGAAGAUCAAACAAAAGCUAUAACUCUUUCGGAUAGAAUCAUUAUCAUAGAUAUGGGAGAAGUACGUACAGUUUUGGAUAUCAAUCUACCAAGCUUGGAUGAACCAUAUUUGAAUUCAACUACAUUACCAGACACCUAUACCUUCGAUGGAAAAAAUGAAAUAAAAGAUGCACGGUCAUCGAAUGAUCGAAAUGAUGAAUUUAAAAGACAUUUAUUUCUUGUUAAUUCCUUGCAUCAUUUUUAUCUUGUAUUAGUUAAUGAGAAUAUUAAAUUUGAACAUUCGUCCAAAGUUGAUUAUUUGACUGUUGAAAUGCUUGAUAAUAAACGUUUACUCUGCGUCGUAGCAGAGCGAAAUACAAAUUAUGUUGAAUAUUGGAAUGUAGUAAGAAAUCGAUUGUUUGAUCGACUUGAUUUUCCUAAAGCAAAAGUAAAAUAUGUUCUUUGUGCUCAAGUCUAUUCGAUGAUUAUUGUUGUUCUUCAAGAUGGCAUUAUUCAGUUUUAUUCGAUUACUGAUUGGACGAAAUCACCGUUCGUUCAUCGAAGUUCAAUUCACGCUGAAAUUCAUCUUCAAUUAGUCGCAAUUACUGGUGGAGUGUUAAUUCAUACAUUGAAUGCAAAUAUUCCUAUUGAUUUUGCUCUAAUUGGUUUAAAACAAUUUCAUAAGACGGAGCAAAUUUUAUCCGAUAAACAAGUACUCAAAACAUUGGUUGCUUUUGAUCCUCCGAUGGGACCGAAACCAAUCAAAAAUAUCAUAUUACCUGAUACGGAUGAACUUACAUCAUGGUCAUAUCAAUGUGCAGCAUCCAUUCACUGUACUCGUUUGUUUUUCGAUGAUGUAACUAUAAACGAGUGUGUCAUUGCGUCUAAUAAUUUAAAUUCAGAGAUUAUAUAUGUACUCAUACUGACAAGUAAUCAUUGGAUUGUAAUCUAUUCGGCUAAAUCACUUAAUGAUGAAGCUCUUUAUAGUCUUCAUCUUCCUUCUCCAGCACGAGUCCAUUCGACAAUUAGUGAAAACUUUUAUGUUUUAACAUGCAAUGGUAUCGUCUAUUCUAUCGCUCAACAAAUUACUUCUGACAAUGAAUUUAAUUUCAAUCAGAAAGUCAAUAGUCAAUUAAAGAUUCCAUGUUCAAUGAUGCUAAGUUCUGUCGUAGCUCUCAAUGGACUAGAAAGUCUUAUUGUUUUUGCUGACAAUGGGCAAUCGAUGGCGAUUUGUACCAUGGAACGUGUUAUCUAUAUUGACGUCGAUGUUUCACCUUACACUUCAUCAUCAUCAUUGAAAUCAAUCACUAGUGAAAAAACACAAAAUUUAUUGCUAUUAUAUUUCAAUAAUAAAACUCUCAUUUCGUGUCAAGUAAAACUUGAUGAAUCAAAUGAAAGAGGUUCACUUCAACUUACUCCAUUUGAUCAAGCUGAUAAAUUUUGUCUGCAAAAUAAUUGCCUUGCUACGUACAAUAACGGAAACAUUCAGCUUAAUUUGCAUAAUAUUCGUUCAUGUACAUGCUAUGAACCGAUUGAACUCGAUAAUGAAUGUCAAUACUUAUGUUUCAAUGAAUCAGCAACUUAUGUUUUCGCAUUAGUCAAGCCUCGAGUGUUAUUUAUGUAUCGAAUGGCUGACCGUCGACAAAUGGCAAAAUUAUUUGUCUAUGAUUUUGUCUUGUCUAUGGUAGCCGAUAAUGACUUUCUCGUAUUAGCUAUGAAUGAUCGGCGUCUACUUAUAUUAAUGAUUACCGAUCCUGAUGAUCCUACAUUACAAGCAAGAAUACAAGCAUUACCAAGCAGGUAUGUAACAUGA